GACUUUCUCCCCGGCACUGGUUCCCCAUCCCAAGCGGCCGACAGCAUCCAUGAAAACAUGGUAAAAAACAUAUAUGGUCCUAAUGAGGUUGCUCGACCUUUGGAUAUUGCCAAAGAGUCGCUCUUGAUAGGUGGAGCCGCAGCAAUUCCUGGUACCGCUUUGGGUGCCUUUUUCGGUACACUCCGUACUCGGACCCCAGUUCUGUUCGCCGUUGCCUCAGGAGCACAGUGGUUCGCUAUUGGAACAACAUUCUGGGCUAUCCGUACCUCCACACUUAAUCAUACCGGCCUACGCAACUGGUGGAGCAUUAGUCGAGGUCUACCCAUUGGCCCUCGAGAUGAUCUCCAUCCAUCUCCCUCCGACAAAGUCCGCGCCUCUGUCAUCGCUGGUGGACUGACUGGCUUCAGUCUUGGGUUCCUGUUUCGCGGACCUCAAAAUGUUAUUCCGGGUACCAUUAUGUUUAGCUUGUUCGGAUGGGCGGGACAACACAGCUAUGACUAUCUUGAUGAGAGGAAUUCCAGGAAUCUCCGACAAAAGGCUGAAGCAACUGCAAAUGGCGAGGACAAGCGCAAGGGCACCAUCAUGUACAAGCUUUCGCAGUACAAGUGGAGCCCAAUAAGAGCUUUGAAUGAUGACGAGUAUGAAAACAUGAUGCAGGAGAAGCUCUUGAAUAUUGAGGCCCAGAUAGCAGUCAUCGAUGAUAAAAUUGAGGCACACAGGAAGAAGGCGGCGGAGAUUGAAGCACAGCGGAAGAUGAAGGAGAUGGAAGAACAGAUGCGAGCGUCGAAGUGAGGGAAAUGUCGUGUGGUAAUUAUCCUUCCAAGUUCUCACCUCGUUUCUUGGCGUAAGAUUUAUUCCACCACGUCCCAAGUCGAUUUCCGUGUAUCUUUUCCCAUCUGGAUAAACAAUUCCCUAUCACUAAUGAAUAACAAACUGUCGGCAUAAAGUAAGAAAGUUGUUGCG